GGGUAAGGUUGCGGAUUUUCUCGGAUUUUUCUGGGAUUCAAUUCUGCAAGAGCCUCAAAGCUUUAGCUUAAGCUUAAGCAGCAACAAACAUCAUCCUGAAGCCACCUCUCAUGCGCAAUGAUGUGGACGAGUAGGCUUACCAUAUCGUGUCUUCGAAUAAGAAGAACAAACCCCUCAAUUGUUAACGGAGUGAAUGGCUGCGCUUCCCCUCUUUUAGUACGAAUAAAUCGUUGCGGGGUGGUGUCGGGAGCCACCCCAGCUCUGCAACACCGAGCAAAUUCAACCUCCACAACGAUCAAUGGCACUUCGUACAAGACAGAUUCCUGGUUCAAUGUACCUCAGAAUAUCAUCGAUCAAGUCCCCCGCCGAUUACAUCUACAAAAAGACCAUCCCGUAUAUAUAACCCGACAGAUCAUCGAGUCCGUAUUUCCAGCGCCUACCUACAAGUAUCACAAUGAUUUCAAUCCUGUCGUCACCACACACCAGAACUUCGACUCUCUCGGAUUCCCAAAAGAUCACCCUGGACGAGCGAAAACGGAUACGUAUUACGUGAACAGCGAGACGUUACUACGAACACACACAAGCGCCCAUCAAGCGGACGUAUUCCGAGCGAACCUCAGCGAUGGCUACCUGAUCAGCGCCGACGUCUACCGCCGCGAUGAAAUCGACAGGAGCCAUUACCCCAUAUUCCACCAGAUGGAGGGUGCGCGGUCGUGGGACCGCGCCAAGGUACCCAAUGGAGACGUCGCCGCGGCUGUCUGGUCGGACCUAGAAAAACUCCCGAGCCACAAUAUCCAGGUGCAGGACCCUGACCCCCCUUUCCACGACGAGAGGAAUCCUCGGCAGACGGACCACCACUCGCCGGCAGAGGCAGAAGCUAUAGCUGCCCAUCUAAAAAGAUCGCUCGAGCUUAUGGUUGUCGAGAUAUUCACCCGUGCCAAGGCGGCUGCUAUAAGGGCUGAUCCUAACUUUGUGGAUGAGCCGCUUCAGGUUAGAUGGGUUGAGGCGUACUUCCCCUUCACGAGUCCCUCGUGGGAACUUGAAGUAUACUAUAGCGGAGGCUGGCUUGAAGUACUUGGCUGCGGCGUGGUCAAGCAGGACCUAUACAUCAACGCUGGUGUACCAAACCAGUUAGGCUGGGCUUUUGGCAUUGGCCUGGAAAGGAUCGCCAUGCUGCUCUUCCAGAUCCCAGAUAUCCGCUUGUUCUGGUCGCAAGAUGAACGCUUCCUAAACCAAUUUAGGGGCGUGUCGGAUGACCUGAAUUCGCUAAAGCGUUUUGCACCCUUCUCCAAAUACCCCAUCUGCUCUAAGGAUGUGUCGUUCUGGUUGAAGUCGUCGUCUGCUGCUGGGGGUAAUACUAAGGCCAACGUACAUGACUUUCAUGAGAAUGAUUUUAUGGAGAUCGUGCGCAGCGUGGCUGGUGAUGUGGUUGAGGAUGUCAAGUUACAGGAUGAGUUCACGCACCCGAAGACCGGUAGGAAGAGCAUAUGCUACAGAAUCAACUACCGUAGUCUUGAGCGGACGUUGACUAACACCGAGACGAAUGAUCUUCAUAACAAGGUCACUCGCGCCCUUGUUGAGAAACUAGGUGUGGAAAUUCGGUAAUAAUGCGGUGAAACCCGCAAUUGACCCGGAGCAUAGAAAAGGCUCUCAAAAUGGGUCUUUAAGAAUGGUAAA